GACGCUCUCCAAUAUAACAAAAUUGCGGAUGAAACUCUAGAGAAUUUAACAGAAUUUUUUGAAAACUUAAAUGACCAAGAAAUAUUAUCUGAUGAUUACGACGCCAGCCUCGCAUCAGGUGUUCUUACUAUCCACUUAGGAGACAACCUUGGAACUUAUGUUAUCAAUAAGCAAGUUCCUAAUAAGCAAAUUUGGCUGUCUUCACCAUUAAGUGGCCCAAAAAGAUAUGAUUACCUCGAUGGAAAAUGGGUUUAUUCUCGCAAUAACGGGAUAUUACAUGAUUUACUAUCUGAAGAACUAACUAAACUUUUGAUGAUGGAUAUUGACCUUAACCACCUAAAGGUUGUGUAA